AUGUCAGAUGAACAACCCUUGUAUAUCAAUACAAAGCACUGGUUGCGACGCAGAUCCACGGAUGAGAACAUCAAGGUCGAUAAGAUAAUUGAAGCAUGUGAGCCGCAAUUAAGACCAGCGCUUGAAACAAUUCGUCAACAGCAAUACAAAGUAACGACCAGAGAACAAUUGGCAAGAGUCAGAGAGAGAACAACUGAAUCCAACGCAAAAUCGAUUCUGGAUGCGUACCACGCUCGAUAUCCCGGUUCUCAUCUUGAACGCGUCGAGUGGUCAUUUGAGCGCCAAGGCCACAUAAUCGGUCUGACGAUUUUCCGUCCGCCAGACGACGGUACAGCCGGCGGUCGGCCGUGUGUAUACUAUAUCCACGGCGGUGGGUUCAUAUUUGGGAACCGGUGGAGCGGUAUCGCAACAAUCAUUCAUUUGAUCCACGAUCACAAUGCGAUAUGUGUGACUGUCGAAUACCGUCUUGCACCGGAGUGGAAUGCCCCUACUUCGCUUGAGGAUUGUUAUCAUGGACUGGUACAAGUGUGGAAGCAACGAGAAUCCUUUGGGAUCAAUGAUCGGCUGCUCCUCGUUGGACGCUCUGCCGGUGCGAAUCUGGCCGCCGGUGUCGCUCUCCGUGUUCGUGACAGCCAGGACCAAGGGAAACCGCGGAUAUGCGGCCAGAUACUCUCCUUUCCUAUGCUUGACCACACAAGUACGAUGGCAUCGGAGAAAUUCUCAGAGUCACCGGCGUGGCCGUUGUGCAACAACAGAUUUGCGUGGGCACAGUACCUUGGAGAUGAAGAAGAGAAUGUCACAAUUUAUACUGUCCCUGGAAUUGCAGCGGCUCAAGAUCUCUGUGACUGGCCUCGAACUUUGGUUGAAUAUGCGCAUGUAGAUUGUUUAUCUACUGAAGCUCACCACUUCGGUGAGAAGCUGGAAGCGGCGGGAAACGAUGUUGAAAUAAUACCAUGGGAGGGACUCUUUCAUUGUGGUGAUUGGACUCUUCAAGGUCGGCAAGAUCUUUACCAUGCUGAGCUCCAAUCUAGAUCGGAAUGGGCUGGGCGUUGCUUUCGAGAUUCGUAG